AUGUCAGAGUCCUUACUUGAUAAAGACAAUAUUAAUAAAAUCCUCAAUUCGGACUUAAGUUUGGAUAUAUUGUUGGAAAGGUUAAAGAAAUCCAUCAAUACCGGAGAAGAAUUUUCAAAAUAUAUCAAGAAAAAAGCUAUAAUUGAAGAUGAUCAUUAUUCACAAUUGAAGAAAUUUGGUAGUCAAUUCAGAGCAUCAUUGAAGAAUCCAAGUAAAUUAAAGAGUGAUUCUUUCAGUAAUAGAUUAGAUCAAAUAAUUGAAUUUGAUGAAAAAUCUUAUAAUGUUGGAUCAUCAUAUGUUACAGCUUUGAACGUUAUGUAUGAUGAAUUAUCAUCAUUAAUUGUUACCAUGGGAAGAUCAAGGAAACAAAUCAAAGAAGAAGGUAAGAGGAAAGAGAAAGAAUGUCAAGAUUCUAUUACUGCAGCGGAGAAGGCCAAACAAAAAUAUUAUCAUUUAUGUGAUGAUUUAGAUAAAUUGAAAAAUGGUGAUCCAAGUAAAAAAUCAUUUUCUUUAACUAAUAAAAGUGCUGAACAACAAGAAGAUGAUUUACAAAGGAAAGUAGAUUUAGCUGAUCAAGAUUAUAAACUGAAAGUUUCAAUUUGUAAGAAAUUAAAAGAUGAAAUUCUUAUGGUUUAUAGACCAAAUCAUUCAAAGAAAUUAAAAAAUUUAAUUUUAGAAAUGGAUAUUGCAAUGAAUGUUCAAUUACAAAAAUUAGCUACUUGGAAUGAAACAUUAAUUAUGAAUUCUGGAGUAUUAAUAUCUCCUUUAACUAAUGAUAAAUCAUCAAUGAAGACCUUAGCUUCAUCGAUUGAUAAUGAACAAGAUUUAUUUAAUUAUUUAGUCAAAUUCGAAAAAGAAGUUAAUUCUAACCGAUCAACAUUAGUACCUGUUGAAUAUAAGGUUCAUCCAUCAUUAGUUAAAUAUCAACCAAAAUCUACAAAACCAUUUUUGAAUAAUAAUAUUAAAGACAAUGGAUAUUCAUCAACAACAACUACAACUACAUCAUCACAACCAGUACCAUCACAAACUCAUGAUUCUGGUAAUCGUAAUUUAUCAGGUAAUGGGUCAGAUAAUUUGAAUAUUUCUCAAAAUUCAGAUAAAAGAAUCAGUAGUUAUAAUUCCCCUCAACCAGAUCCUCAACCAUCAUUUUAUGGCUCAUUAGAUCCCUCCAGUCAACCAAAUACACCUGAUCUUAAUGGUGCCAAAUCAUUAAAUCAAUAUUCACAACCAACUUUUGGAGUUUCAAUUGAAGAUUUAAUCCAAUUUGCUGGUAUUGAUAAUGUUCCAUUAAUUGUUAAAAAAUGUAUUGAAGUUAUUGAAACUCAUGGAUUAGAUUUAGAAGGAAUCUACAGGAAAAGUGGUAAUGUAACAAUUGUUCAAAGUUUGAAAGAAUCUAUUGAUUCUAAAUUUACUAACUAUUUAAUGAUUGGUAAUAAUAUUGAUCCAACAAAUGUAAUUGAUACUGAUAUUUAUUGUAUAGCUUCAUUAUUGAAAUUGUAUUUCAGUUCAUUACCUGAACCACUAUUAACUGAAGAAUAUUAUCAAUCGUUCAUUGAAACAGUUAAAUCAUUAGAUGAAAAUUAUAUUGCUAAAAAAUUACAUCAUUUAGUUUAUAAUUUACCUGAUGGAUCAUAUUUUACUUUAAGAUCAUUGAUUUUCCAUUUAAACAAAGUAUCUUCAAAAUCAGAUGUUAAUAAAAUGUCAGUUAAAAAUCUUGCUAUAAUAUGGGGGCCAGUAAUAUUAAAUGAUAAUUCAAUGAACCCUCAUGAUUUAAGUUAUAAGAGUAAAGUGGUUGAAGAAUUAAUGUUUAUAGCCAAUGAAAUUUUUGAUGCUGAUGAUUAA